AUGGAUAACUCAAUUAAGCGUGUUCGGGCUGCUGUUAGAUUUGUUAAGAAUGGAAGUUCAAGGUUAGCAAAAUUUAAGAAACUUGCAGAGGAGGAAAAUGUAGAAACAAAUGCUUUCUUGAAAUUGGAUGUGUGCACUAGAUGGAAUUCAACAUAUCUUAUGUUGAAUACAGCAAUCAUGUAUGAGAAAGUAUUUGUAAGGUAUGAAGAAGAAGAUCCAGCCUACACAAUAGAGUUAUGUGGAGAUAAAGGGCUUGGAAUUCCUGUUGAGUAUGAUUGGGAGAACGCAAAAAAGAUGGCUGAAUUUCUUGGGCAUUUUUAUGAUAUCACGCUUCGUGUUUCGUCUACACUAAGUGUGACAGCUAAUGAAUUCUUUCAUGAGAUUGGUGAAAUCCAGGUGCUGCUCCGAGAUUGGGCUGACAGUGAAGAUCCUUUGCGCCAAGCAAUGGCUAAGAGAAUGAAGGAUAAGUAUGACAAGUAUUGGGGCAGCUGGCAUGAGAAUGAGAAUGAGUUUGCAAAUGAGGUGAGGGGGAAGGGCAGAGCGAAGGAGAAGGAGAACAUGAAUUUGCUCAUAUUUGUUGCUACAGCUCUUGAUCCUAGGUACAAGCUUUCUAGCUACACUAAGUUAGUAAUUUUGGAAAUGUUUGGUGAAGAAAAAGGACAAAAAGUAUGGGAUGCAGUGAAUGAAUGUUUUUAUGCAUUGUUUGAAGAGUACAGGAACAUCUAUGCUCCAAGUGAUUCAUUACCAAAUGAAGUUGAUGAGGAACCAACUCAGAAAAGAAGAGGGAGUUUAAUGAGGUCAGUAAUUGCUAAGAAGAUGAAAGUUGGAAGUGCUUCAAUGGGCACCACCAAAUCUGAAAUUGAUAAAUAUCUUAGUGAAGACAACGAAAAUGAUAGCAAAAAGUUUGAUAUUCUAACAUGGUGGAAAGUAAAUGAAUCUAGAUUGCCUAUUCUAGCCCGAAUUGCUCGUGAUGUGUUGGCAAUUCCUAUAUCAACAGUUGCAUCCGAAUCAGUUUUUAGUACGGGUGGGCGGGUUCUAGAUGACUUUAGAACCUCUCUAACCCCAUUUAUGAUUCAAGCUCUUAUCUGUACACAAGAUUGGCUGCGGCGAUCAACUCCUAUUAAUGUUGAUGAGGAUGCCGAAGAGAUAGCAAAACUGGAAGAAGAACUGAUUGUUGAGUAUAAUGCUGAGAAGGCUGCUGCCAAGGAGGGUUGUAAAGGAUCCGGAAAGGCGCAAUCAAGUGUGUCCAUCACUAAGCCAAGUUGUAGUGCUGUUUGUGUUGAUUAA